AUGGUUAAGAAGAGACGUGCCUCAUCGCCAGCCACUGGCAAAAAAGACCUCAAGAAACCACUGGUCAAAUGGCCUCAGCCAAUUGGAACGGUUGAUGAUGCUGAAGUUGAGUAUGGAGAGGAUAUCUUCAAGUCUUUGGAUCUUGAUACAUCCUAUGUGGGAAAGAUUCGCGUGCCUGACCGACCACGUCCCGCCCGACAGGAGUGGGAGUAUAUCGAAGAGGAUAUUGCAGCUGGGAAGCUUCCGGCUGGUUGGAACUAUGAGGAACCCGAUCUUGACAAGCAUGAUAUCGAUGCACAAAUAGAGAGGUGUCAUGAAAGACUCGAAGAGAAUAUAAUGCCCCAUAUCUUCAAAGAUAAGCUUGCAGAGUAUGAGAAGCGGAAAGCGACAAAGCAGGAAAUGAUGAAAAAGAAUCCUGGCCUUGAUUGGAUGGUAGUCCAACGCAUAGAGACCUUACAAGAGAUAGACAGCUGGCUCAAGGAGGACGGAGACAAGUAUAGCUUGCGUGAGAGUGUGAAGGCCGUCACAGAGGCGUACAAGGCCAAGAAACUGGAAUGGACCCCGGGUCUGGUAACCUACUGGUCCAGAGGAAUCCAGGUUAGUGAGCCUAGACCUUGGGACAUUCAAGAGAAUGCAGCAAUUGCGGCUCGCUUUGGGGGCAAUACGGGCUUCUGGGUUGAAGAGUGUCAAGCCGAAUCAGAGCAAGUCUUACUGGGUCACACGUGGAUUGGAGAGCAACAAAUGAAUCCGUCGACAAAUCAUAUCUCGCACAAUCUACAAAUUCGCAUCUUUGAAGAAGAUAACAACGAUCAACCUGGAUCGGUCAGCAUCGAUCUUAAUGUCAUUGACGAUACUGGAAGUGAUUUUAUGUGCAUUUAUGAAUCAGACUACAACGACUUGCUUAUGCUCUGUGAUGCAGCCGGUCUCGACUGUGCAGCUCCAUUGUCCGGCGUGGUGUAUGUGAAACAGUUCGAUGGCAACCGAGCCCGUUGUAUCACAAGAAUUCUCUGGGUGAACAUCAAGUUGCCAGAUUCAGAUGAAGAUCUAGGAUGUUGGACAAUGGUUCGCUGUGUUAUGUGGAGUCACUCUCGACUCGCUGUACAUGCCCCCCCAAGAAUCAACGGGCCAUGGCUGAGGUCAAUUCUUUAUUCUGCAUCUUUCCCGAAUGGCGGUGGCAAUUUAGGACACAAUGUCUCUUUUUAUCAACAGAAGUCCUGGUACAAUACGAAUAUCCCAGUCGUGCGUGAUGGUAUUGGGGAUCGCCCUGUCCCGCGUGUUAUUCAGUAUACUGUCUAG